CACAUUUCGCGGGUCUUUCGAAAUAAUACACAACACAUUACAAUAUACAAAAAAAGCUUUUAACAUUUUAGUUCAUAAUUAUUGAAAAUUUGGACGUAAAUAAACUCCGGACCGAACAUGGACACGGACAGUGAGCGCGAGCGAAGUAGUGAUCCCAAUCUAUUAACCAGUAGCGAUAAUCAUACAUUUCACGACGACGACGACGACGACGAUGAUGAUGACGACGAUGCUGACUCUUCAGCGCCAGAAUAUGGCGAGGAUAUUGGUGAUAUGAGAGACAUUGAUUUCGGUUCCAUCAGUGAUGUCGUGACGCACGCGGGUAGUGAUGUAUAUGACAUUGAUGAUGACGAUGACGAUGACGUUGAUGAUGAUGACAACGAUAAUGCACGCACUGAAAGAACAUGUCUUUUAGUUUCAGACGCUUAUAAAGUACGCCGAAAUAGACGCUCGAAGAGUAGGCAACACGUUAAACGAAGACUACAUCAAUCGCUUGAACGUGAAGCGACAAUCCCACUUAACACGUCCAAGAAAAGGAAUUACAAUAAAGGCAUCAAGGCGACAGGAAAAUAUACUUCGGAAGAGGACGAAGAACAAGUACCGCUGAAACAAAACAGCUGUGAUGAAAGGCAAUACGAGCAGUCCGAAACCGAUUUAGGCGAGUCUGUUGGCGCAAAAGAGACCACAGAUAGUUAUGAAUCGGCUGAAGUUUAUACUGUACAAGUUAUAAAAAUUAGUGGUAAUCUAGGUGAUAGCUCCGUAGAGGACGGAGACAUCGACGAAGAACCCUUUAAGAGUCUAGACGCUCCUGAUGACGAUACCAAAAACUUCAACGAAACAAUCGCAACAGCCCCAGUGGAAUUUAAUGUUCAGCCAUCAACAGUUGUAUGCGGUGCUACACAAGUGUCUGCAGAAAUCGAUGCUAAAUAUAAUGAAAGUAGCGCCUGUUUAGAAGAGCUAACAGAUUGCGCCGUGCCGACGGCUGCUCAUGCAAGUUUUGAAUUGUUUGAAGAAGAAAUCGCUGUUAUUAAUACCAAAGUAAUAGAAGAAGAAUCUGCAAGCGACAUACGCGAGGAGAACGACAUUAUCAAGGAUUACCAACUAAAAGAGUUUUCAAAAAUAGAACAACAUUCGGUGCUAGUGUCCGACAAAAACGUCAACGACGAAGGUGACAACGACAGUUGCGGCGGUGACGACCUCACAAGUUCGCAAUGCUUAACUACAGCGCCCAAAGCAAACGCAAUCAACAACGAGAGCAACACGUCUACUACAAACAUCGGCAGCGUCUUGGCGGACGAAGAGAAUUGGCGCGAUAGUGUACGCGAAUCGAUUGAGUGUUACUACUCGGCACAGGAUCUGCUAGAGUACGGACAUCUCUUGAGUAGUGGCCUUAAAACACCAGACAUUGAGUCUGGUUAUUUUGAAAAGUCCGAAUCGGAUAUAUCACGUGAUGAGAACGAAGUGUAUACGAAUAAUUUAAGCAAUAGGAUAAGACAACGAUCAUUUUCGAAAUCGUAUAAUACACAGUUAACCAAUAUGUCGGAGAGUUUACGUUUCGAAUUGAAUCGCUUUAAAACGAUGAUCGAGUCGAUCGAACGUGAACGCAUUUAUGGCCAAACGCCGCAAACGAAACAAAACACGUUCGAGUCGGUUACCAAAGCAGAAGAGAGUUAUAAUAUUGAUAUGGAGGCCGAAGUAACGGCAGCGGCCGAUGCGGUUGCGGAAGCGGUAUCAAUAACAGUUAUCGGUGCCGAAACCGUCGAAAUGACCAAUGCGAUGGAUGUGGAUGAGGAGGAAGAGAUGGAUGUGGAGGGUGCUGUGGGCGGCGAUGAUGAUACACGUGGUUAUUGGUCUACGGUUUUCGGACAAGCCAGUCAAAUAGAGGAGACCACGCCGGAAAUGACGCUUGACGAACGCUUUGCCGAUAUACAAAAAGCACAUCGUGCCCUUGAAUUAUUGGAGGAUUAUCACUCGAGACUAUCAGAGCCGCAGGAUCGUGCACUGCGCAUAGCCAUCGAACGGGUGAUACGGAUUUUCAAAUCACGCUUAUUUCAAGCCUUAUUGGACAUCCAAGAGUUUUAUGAACUAACACUGCUGGAUGACUCGAAGACAAUACAGCAGAAGACAGCGGAAACACUGCAAAUCGCUAGCAAAUGGGAACAGGAUGGUCAUGCAAUAAAAAUCGCUGAUAAUCAGCGCAUGAAAGUCGAUGGCGACGCCGACAUUCCCAAAGAGAGUGCGGGAGUUAGCGCUAGCGGUACGGGCGCAAGUGAGGGCGGCAGCAGCAGUGGCGCAAAGGUGGCGGCCCGUUCGCCUGAAUCGGCGCCCUAUCAAAACCGUCAGCAACAGCAGCAGCAGCCCAAUACCAAUGUGGACACUGUGAGCAGCGAAGCUAUACACAGAGCGUCAUCGACGAAGGUGAACGGUGAUGAGAGCUGGCAAUAUGAGGAUAUUACAUUGGAGCGUGGCAAUUCUGGUCUUGGUUUUUCGAUUGCCGGCGGCACAGACAAUCCACACAUCGGCACGGACACCUCUAUUUAUAUAACGAAAUUGAUACCGGGCGGUGCAGCCGCUGCCGAUGGACGUUUAUGCAUAAACGAUAUCAUUGUGUCGGUGAAUGAUGUGUCUGUGGUGGAUGUGCCGCAUGCAUCCGCUGUGGAUGCGCUGAAAAAAGCCGGCAAUGUGGUGAAAUUGCAUGUGAAAAGAAAACGUGGCGGUGGCGGCGGUGCUGCUGGCGGUGGUGGUGGUGACGCUACUGCCGCCACAUCGGCCACAUUGCCACGAAGUGCUGCCGCCGCCGCUGCAGCUGCUGCUGCCGGUCCGAAAGUGGUUGAAAUCGAUUUGGUGAAGGGUGGCAAGGGUUUGGGCUUCUCCAUAGCCGGCGGUAUUGGUAAUCAGCAUAUACCGGGCGAUAACGGUAUUUAUGUAACGAAAAUCAUGGACGGUGGAGCCGCUGCGGUCGAUGGACGCCUCUCGAUUGGCGAUAAACUGAUUGCGGUGCGCACAAAUGCGGCCGAAACCAAUCUGGAAAAUGUAACACACGAGCAAGCGGUCGCCACGCUCAAGUCAAUUACGGACAAAGUAACGUUGAUCGUUGGCAAGACGCAGCACUCAGUCAGCUCAUCACAGCCACAAUUUGCGCCGAUUAAUUCGCAUUCAACAGGUGCGAUAAAUAAUAUUGGAAAAACAGUUGUUGAUUUUGCUCGUUCACCAUCACCCUCAAUCACCGCCAACACCACCACCACUACUACCACGUACAGCAACAACAAUGUUAGCCACACAGCUACCACGAAUAAUAUCAACAAUAAUAUACAAUCCUCAGUACCCGCCUCUUCCACAGCAGCUGGUGUUGGUUUUGCAUCAACAUCCAGAUCCCAUUCACCUUUGCCUCAACCAGCAUCUAGGUAUGCGUCAUCGAAUGUGCUGGCCGCCGUGCCACCCGGAACGCCACGUGCCGUCAGCACUGAGGAUAUUACACGUGAACCGCGCACAAUCACCAUACAAAAGGGUCCACAAGGUUUGGGCUUCAACAUCGUCGGCGGCGAGGAUGGUCAGGGUAUAUAUGUGUCAUUUAUACUGGCUGGCGGACCCGCUGAUGCUGGCGGCGAGCUGAAACGCGGCGAUCAGCUCUUGAGCGUCAAUAAUGUCAGCUUGAAUAAUGCAACACACGAGGAGGCCGCUCAGGCGUUGAAGAGUUCCGGUGGUGUUGUCACAUUGGUCGCUCAAUAUCGCCCCGAGGAGUACAACCGCUUUGAGGCGCGCAUACAGGAGCUAAAACAGCAGGCUGCGCUCUCGGCCGGCGGCACGGGCACAUUGUUGCGCACCUCACAAAAGCGUUCGCUGUACGUGCGUGCGCUCUUCGAUUACGAUCCGAAUCGUGAUGACGGACUGCCGUCGCGCGGUCUGCCCUUCCGCCAUGGCGAUAUAUUGCAUGUGACCAAUGCGUCCGACGACGAGUGGUGGCAGGCACGACGCGUGCUCGGCGACAGCGAAGACGAACAAAUCGGUAUUGUGCCAUCGAAACGACGAUGGGAGCGAAAGAUGCGCGCACGCGAUCGCAGUGUUAAGUUCCAAGGUCAUGCCGCUACCAAUAAUAACCUGGACAAGGUCAGUAACGAGCAAUCGACGCUCGAUCGAAAGAAGAAGAAUUUCACAUUUUCACGGAAAUUCCCGUUCAUGAAAAGUCGCGAUGAGAAGUUGGGCGAAGACGGCAGUGAUCAAGAGCCAAACGCAAACGGAGUUGUAAACAGCAAUAGUGAACUUGAUGUUAACAAUGUUAACAACAAUGAUUCAAAUGAACCGCAACCUUUUAUGCUUUGCUACACACAAGACGAUGCCAAUGCUGAAGGAGCCGAAAUUAUCUACCGUGUGGAGUUGCCAGACAUGGAGCAGAUAACACUAAUCUAUUUGGAGAAUAGCGAUGCUGACUAUCCAUCCGAAGAGAAUGUGCUCUCGUACGAGGCCGUACAACGGUUAUCCAUUAACUAUACACGACCGGUAAUUGUGCUCGGCCCGUUGAAGGAUCGCAUCAAUGAUGACUUGAUAUCGGAGUAUCCCGAGAAGUUUGGCUCCUGUGUGCCACACACGACUCGGCCGAAGCGUGAUUACGAGGUGGAUGGUCGUGAUUAUCAUUUUGUUUCGUCACGUGAGCAAAUGGAACGCGAUAUACAAAAUCAUCUGUUCAUCGAAGCGGGCCAAUACAAUGAUAACCUCUAUGGCACAUCGGUGGCGAGCGUACGCGAGGUUGCGGAGAAGGGUAAACACUGCAUUUUAGAUGUCUCGGGCAAUGCCAUUAAGCGGUUGCAAGUCGCUCAACUAUAUCCAAUUGCUAUAUUUAUCAAACCGAAAUCGGUGGACUCAAUAAUGGAAAUGAAUCGACGCAUGACGGAAGAGCAAGCGAAGAAAACUUACGAACGUGCGAUUAAAAUGGAACAAGAGUUCGGCGAAUACUUCACAGGAGUGGUCCAAGGCGACACCAUCGAAGAGAUCUACAGUAAAGUCAAAGCGAUGAUCUGGUCACAAUCGGGACCAAUCAUUUGGGUACCAUCCAAAGAAUCUCUAUGACCAACAGCCACGACGACAUGGACACUGCCGCCUCGAGUACGCUGUCGACCAGUCUCGAGAUCAACAACAAAUCAACAUCAACAGCAAACGCACUGAUUUUGAACGACAUUGAUGGAACACGAUGUCGCCAACAACGACCAACACACACACACACACACACACACACACACAACUCGUAACCGAAACGCAGCCGAUGAUUCACGUGGAUACGUUAUACAAAUGAGCUAAAGCAAGCGCAUACAAAAUAGUGGACAGACACACACACACACGCGGCAUACAAUCUUCAAUCUUCGCAGCAUCAUGUCACACCCACGCGCAAAAUGUCACCAGCCUUAAGCAAAUAUAUGCCAGCUAAAAGCAAACGAGGUCUAUCAGAUUUUGUUGCCGCAAUAUGGCUGGUGUUUCAGUCUGCACUGUCAA